UAGAAAUUACCAAUCGGCCGUAACAAUACGAGCGGUGAAGGUGCAUAACAUUAUUAUCUGGUGACAAUGGCAUCUGACGGGGGAGGAUACAGUACUAGGCAGCAAGCGGACAGCACGUUUUAUAAGUUGGUGCGUUGGAAGCAGGAAAAGUGAGCAAGCGUAAUUAUCUGAGCGGCUCUGACAAGGACCAGACGACUUCUGACAGUGAUGUCCAGACGACUGGGUCAGAGCGUCUCCAAAAUAGCAGGUCUUUUACAGAGGUGUAGAACAGGAUGGCAGUAUAAUAAUACUAUACGUAGAUAUGAAGCAUGAUGGCGGUAUAAUAAUAUUACAGUACAGAGGUAUGAAGCAUGAUGGCGGCAUAAUAAUAUUACAGUACAGAGGUAUAAAGCAUGAUAACGGUAUAAUAAUAUUACUGCACAGAGGUAUGAAGCAUGAUGGCGGUAUAAUAAUAUUACAGUACAGAGGUAUGAAGCAUGAUGGUGGCAUAAUAAUAUUACAGUACAGAGGUAUGAAGCAUGAUGGCAGUAUAAUAUUAUUACAGUACAGAGGUAUGAAGCAUGAUGGCGGCAUAAUAAUAUUACAGUACAGAGGUAUGAAGCAUGAUGGCGGCAUAAUAAUAUUACAGUACAGAGGUAUAAAGCAUGAUAACGGUAUAAUAAUAUUACUGCACAGAGGUAUGAAGCAUGAUGGCGGUAUAAUAAUAUUACAGUACAGAGGUAUGAAGCAUGAUGGUGGCAUAAUAAUAUUACAGUACAGAGGUAUGAAGCAUGAUGGUGGCAUAAUAAUAUUACAGUGCAGAGGUAUGAAGCAUGAUGGCAGUAUAAUAUUAUUACAGUACAGAGGUAUGAAGCAUGAUGGCGGCAUAAUAAUAUUACAGUACAGAGGUAUGAAGCAUGAUGGCGGCAUAAUAAUAUUACAGUACAGAGGUAUAAAGCAUGAUAACGGUAUAAUAAUAUUACUGCACAGAGGUAUGAAGCAUGAUGGCGGUAUAAUAAUAUUACAGUACAGAGGUAUAAGGCAUGAUGGCAGUAUAAUAAUAUUACAGUACAGAGGUAUAAAGCAUGAUGGCAGUAUAAUAAUAUUACUGCACAGAGGUAUGAAGCAUGAUGGCAGUAUAAUAAUAUUACUGCACAGAGGUAUGAAGCAUGAUGGCAGUAUAAUAAUAUUACAGUACAGAGGUAUAAAGCAUGAUAAUGGUAUAAUAAUAUUACUGCACAGAGGUAUGAAGCAUGAUGGUGGUAUAAUAAUAUUAUUGUACAGAGGUAUAAAGCAUGAUGGCAUUAUGAAGCAUGAUGACAGUAUAAUAAUAUUACAAUACAGCGGUAUAAAGCAUAAAGACUGUGUAAUAGUAUUAUUGCACAGAGGUGUGAAGCAUGAUGGCGGUGUAAUAAUAUUACAAUACAGCGGUAUAAAGCAUAAUGAUGGUGUAAUAAUAUUGUACAGAGGUAUGAAGCAUGAUGGCGGUAUAGUAAUAUUGUUGAGAGCUACUGUAUAUUAUGGCGGUAUGAUUGGUGACAUGAAGGGCAGAAAAGUACUAAUUAUCUAACG